AUGACCACACAACAAGUUUCAAAGUCAACAGCUCCAGACGAAAAAAUCAAUAAUACUAUGGAAAAUCCUCAUACUUUAUCGACAUUCUCGAUCAAUCAAAUCAUGGAUUUCAAAUUAAGGGACGCAUUGUCCCGUUCUUCAGUCGAAAUGAAAGAACUUAAGGGCACUCUCAUCAGCAUUCCUCAAGAAGUUCGGGACAUGAUUUACUCAUCUCCUAGUCAAUCCAAUCCUAGGACAAGCCGCUUCAGUCUCGUCAGAAACCACUUAUGGCAGUACUCAGAAGUACGAUCUAGAUCCUUCAAUCCUUUAUACUGCAGCAACAGUCCCGGUGAUUGGGAUUUCACAGAUGGUGUCUUCGAUGAUGGUUGUUUGGAAGAUGAAGAAGACGCACAAAAUGGAAUACUGGAGCCCUAUAUCAUCAACUUUUGCCCACUGACCCGAUACACAAAUUGCGAGCGCAAAACACAUCAAGACAAGCCCUUGCUUUGCAAUACGCCCAACAUUGAGAAAGUAAAGACUUGGAACAUCCUCCUGAAUUCUUUCGAAAGGUAUAUUUGCUGGCACAGACAACUCAGCUCAAAUGCUUUCGCUGAGUUCUGUGUUUCUGUGCAUGCAUGUCCAAAUAUUUGCCUAAAUAUUUCAAUCAUACCCCUUGAUUUCCAUGAAAGGCAAACCCAAACAGAAUCAGACAAUUUCGGACUAGAAGAAGGCUUGAUCAACAAUCUCCUACCACUAAAGAUGAUGCGAAACAUAAAGACACUUGCAAUCAAAUGUGCUAAAUUGUCGGUGAUUCCGGAUUACUGCUUCGAACGAGAUCACGGAAGCAAGCUAUGGCCUGCGUACUUGGGAGAACCUGACUUACCUUCGCCGGAGCUCAUCAGCGAGUACGUUAAGCUUACUAGUGGAACCACCCCAAUUAUUGAAUGUGUAGGUCUUCUCGGGGAAAGAUUGAAGGAGUAUUUCUGGUUGUUUCAUCGUGCCGAAUUUGUCGUGAUCAACAGAGAAUUUCCUGGCCUUCGACGCGGCAUACGAGUCCAUGACGUUUCGAUUCGCCCGCCUGAGGACGCCGGUGGUGGACUGGUCGUCCAAGAAGACGAACAAAUCUUCCUCGAUUGCGGAGAGCUAAUUGAAGCUAUCGAAGCUAUCGAAGAUCCUUCUCUCGAGCGCACUGAAAGCGCCGAGGAUGUUCUCCUUUUCAAACAGUACCGAGGAGAGUUACUUAAAGUCCUAGAGCCCGAAUACCAGAAUAUUCGUGCUUGUUCCAUUAAGUUUCGAGAGUUUCUUCGAAGCGAAAGCGGUCCAACUGGGGUUUUUGUGAUUGGUCCUUCCAGAGCUGUUGAUCUACUAGACUACUGGUCCAGAGUAACAGGAGCUAUGGAAGUACUAGAGGAAUACGAAUACUCAUUUUUAAGAGGAAAGGCAGAAAAACUGAAGCUUUCUGUAGCAAAAAAAAACAAUUGGUUUGUGUUGGCGUAUGAAUCGCUUGAGUCAAGUAUUGUGAUUGAGCAAAUAGCCAGCGCAUACGAAAGAAGGAUGUGGAAGAAACUUUUGUUUUAUUACAAAAUAGCCAUUAGACGCAUGGAAAAGCACUAUUUAAAACUAAGAUGGUGCCGAAAAGACAUGUUCAAAUGGGAUGUUUUAGACAAGAGCUCUGAUCUGGACACUCAUUCUGACGCGGUGGAAGCAAUUGCUUGGCCAAAGCUGGACUCAAAUGCACAACACGACAGGGAGCAUAUAAUCGAUAUUUCGGGUGAGACGAGUGAUGAAGAACUGAAAGAUUUUCUAUACCAUGGCAAUAGUUAUCAUGAUGACGAUGAUGAUGACGACAAUGGUAGGGCUAGGUAG